CCCGCAUCGUCUUUCAAAAAGGAACACUGCCGUCCGUCCAUUCCACCCGUCUGCCCCUUCUCCCCUCCCUACACCCAUCCUCACGGUCAGUCACACACACCUAUCCCGAGCACCUCUCCGGACCAUCAAUCUGUUGCCCGUGCCCACCCGAGCCCCCCAGUCAGACCCGCCUCCCGCGACAAACUCACUCGCCAUGUCGCCCACUCACCGCGACGCCUCGGGGCGCCUGAUCUCUAUCCUACAGGACUCCAAUGAGCUGGAUUAUGAGCCGCACACCUCCCAGAAGACGGCAGCUCACUCGCAAGCACCGGCGUUCGGCUCCUUGGUGAUGCCUCACAGCAUGCGCUCUCACGGCUCAUACGCCCCGGCUGCACCCCACAGGGAAACCGUGCAUUCAAACCCCAGCACACCAGACCUGAUGCGGUCCGACUCGUACGACUCUCAGACCAGCAAUGAUCCCGCGAGCCCCAUCACCCCCAACAGCACUUAUCAAGAGCAGCUCUCCCCCAGGAGCUGGGCGCAAAACAGCACGGGCUUGCCUGCCCCGGAGUCCUUUCACUCGGCCUCAAAAGCUCACUCUGCUUCACGCCCCGCUUACCGUGGAGAAGCCCGCCCGAUCCUCCCUCCGAUCUCGUCCUUUGCCAGUCUGCCCAGCCCGCGGACAGCAACGAGCCCGGGUUCGGCAUACCCAUACGACUCCAUGCAUCGCCACCACUCGUCCUCCGGUCUCGAGGAUCACCACUUUCGUCGCGGCUACGACGCGCGCGAGGACUACCCGGCGUCCGUGCUAGAUGGCCCAGCUGAACCCUCCAUCCAGAGGGCUGCGGAGCAGCAGCAGCACACUGAUUUCAAGCACCAAGCGCCAUCCCCGUUGUCGCUGGAGCAGGACCACGCCAUGGACCUUGACGAGGAAGAUGAGUCGGUCGAGAGCGCUUCUCCGGGCAAGAGGGCUUCCAAGGGCAAGACCUGCACCUCGCCUAAGCGUUAUCCUUGCAAGUUCAGGGAGACUUAUAGUUGCUACAAGACCUUCACCACUUCGGGCCAUGCGUCACGGCACGCCAAGAUUCACACUGCAGAGAAGACGGUUCCAUGCUCCUGGCCAGGCUGCAACAGGAGGUUCACCCGAUCCGACAACAUGAAGCAGCACCUCGAGACCCACAAGAAGGACAAGCCGAGGGCCUCGACCCGGCAGACCCGCCGCCCGUCCCUCGCCGCGAUCCGACGCCAGUCUUCUUCCAGCAGGAGCAGCGUCAGCCGAUUCUCGCUUCCCCGCGACACACCGCCUCUAUUGUCGCCGAGCAUUGGCUCCACCAUGAUGUCCCCGACCUUAUCCGCUGAGCGCUGGGUCAGGCCUGUAGCCUCGAGAACUCCCAGCAGUGGCCUCGACGCCCUCGCCAUGGUCGCCGCGGAUGAGAGCCGCGCCGAGCAGGAGGCUUCAUACUACCAGCAGUACCAGCAACAGCGACCUCGACAGCAAUAGGAACCCCAUAUCCGGCCUGCCUGUUCCGGACCUGCCGGCAGAGACAUGGGCUGCGACUAUUUUUUUUUUUUUGAACUGUACAUUUGAAUUUCUCGGGAUCCAUUUCAUCUCUUCUCCCUCACCUCGGACGGCCAGAUUGGGGACACGGAUAUAUACCCAACACGAACUCUUUUCUUUUUUCUCUGCGAUCGGCACGGCGCAACAAAGGAUACGGACAUAGACGGCUGCACGAAUACGCAUAGCAACCCGGCGUUCGAAACUUGAUUUUUACGUUAGCUUUUUGAUUUGUUUUAUCCUUCUACUACAACGAGGGCGAACGAUCUUGGAGCCCAUGAGGCGACGAAUGGUCCAAAAACAAAAGUGGUCGCAGCUGGAUGGCCCCGACAGGCGGUCUGGGCUCUGUGGUGGAGGUCUUUCCCACCUAGCGUGGACGGGACUCCAACAUGGCUCUCUCUUUUGUGUACAUAUACGACGGACAGACCAGCGGUCCAGAUGGUCGACGGUUGAUGGUAUUUAUACAUACGGAAAUCAAUGAUACCACGGGAGGGGACUCUGAAUGUUUUUGCAAGAAGCCGCACGCACACGACAGCGCGGCAUAAUGCGGCUGCGCGCAUAUCAGUGGGCGCAGGGGAUGGCAAGCGAGAGGGAGAAUUUGGCAGUUGAAAAUUGGGGGAGGGGGGUGGAAGCGAUCGAGCGUUGCUUGUAUAAGUUGCGCGACGCUUGGAAACAAAGCGCGAGCCUUUGUCACUUUACUCACUGAGCUUGGCCGAGCAACGAAAUACAAUCAAUUUUGAUCAAA